CUGAGACCUUGAAAUUGAUUAAAAAUUCAAUGAGAAGCCAGUGAAAAGAGCAGAAGACAGAUGUGAUGGUAGUCUGCGUUGCUGAGGAGGUGCGCUGCAACUGUUUGUAGUAGUUGGAGUUUCCUAAGUGCUGAAGGUUUUGUGUUCAAGUAUUUCCCUUUGCUGUAGUCCAGCCAAGAAGUGAUAAAGGCGUGAAUAACUGAGGCAGGUUGGAAAGCAUUGGUCCCAGAUGUUAAAAAGCAUUACUUAUGGACAUUGCAAUGUGAGAGCUCAGUGUCAGCAAAGAAUUCGGAAAUAGUUCUACACUAGGGACUGAAUUGACCAAGUUGGGGUGUGGACUUUCCGUCAGAGUGCACCAUAGCUGCAAACUCUUCAAAAUUCUUUCUUCUGCCUACCAGCAUCACUUCUGUUUUUCUCAGGUUCUGAUUCAGCCAACUGAUCUCAUCAAGCAUUGUGCCAUCUUGGUGGCAGUAGUGGUGUGCUCGUAUACUGUGAACGAUAGGUAGAGUUGUGUGUCAGCUGCAUAUUGCUGGUACGUGAGUCCAUGUUGUCUAACCAGUUCAUCUAAUGGUUGCAUAUAGAUGCUGAAAAGGGCUGGAGAGAGAUUUGAUCCUUGUGGAACCCCAUGAAUGAGGGGUCUAGUGGUGGAGGUGCAGUUUACUAUCACUGCUUGUUGGGUGCAUCCCUCUAGGAAGGACUCAAAAACAUUUUAGCACAUUACCCUGGACUCCUUUCACUUCUCUCAAGUGACACUGUUCCCACGUGCUGAACCCACAUGCUGUCAGCUCUGUCUAUAAGGCGUUACACCUGGACAUGUAAGUGUCCGCCAGAUGCGACUAGCAAUAAAAGUCUUGGGCUUCCCAGACCACCUCAUUGUCUUGCAGCAGUAGUUGAGGAGGGAAAACAAACUAUUUUCCACACCAUAUGGGUUAUAUUGCUUUUCAGAAUUCUGAAUGGUAACAUUCCUAAGUCCGCCCCCACCCCUCACACAUGUAACUUAAUGGUGUGGACCCUUGUUCAAUAUCUUUUAUCCUGCACCAAUUAAGGUCACCUCCUUUGUACCAAAUUUUUACUUCUCUGUGGUGAUAAAAGGACAUUUUUUCUUGCUUUAUAUCACGUCAGGCCACUUUUAUUUUGUAUAGCAUGUGUCUUCCAUGUACUGCAUGUUACUGCUUUUGUGUUUUACCUUACAUGGUAACAAAUAACUUUAUCUUGUACUUUAUUGUAAACAGUUACAUUGUAUAUUAUAUACAGUUAAUAAAGUGUCAUUAAUGAGCCCGUGGUUUUACUCAUUCAGUGCAUGCUGCUAGCUUCUACUGAAAUGCCUUGUCAUGUUCCUCCAGCAUAUCUAUAUCAGCUUGGUUUCAGAGUGACAUACCAGUCUAAAACAGCUCAGCUCCCAUGCUGAUCCCAUCAAGUUUCCUUCCGUUGUAUUGCUGCCCCAUCUCAGCAGGUUUAUACAUUUUAAAAUUUACAUUUUUCUCCAUAAAGUUAUUUUAACAGUUCUUUAACCAUUUUUGACAAGUUUCAAGUUGGCACAAUUCUUUAGAUGGCUGCAGAUUGGUAAAAGUUAAUAACACUGGCAUAUAAAUAAAUUGAAUAUUAUUAUACUGUAUUUCCUUAAUAGAUUUAACCCUGAGGGUGUCUACACUGGCAAAGUUACAGGACUGGCCGUUACAGUGCUGCUCAGAGAGCACUGAAGGGAAACCUCUGUUGUGUGUUUACACUGUCAGCUGCCUGCACAAUAGCUUGUUGGCACUUGCAGUGGUAUUCAGAGUGGUGCACUCUGGGGAGCUAUGCCGCAAAGCAGGUCUUCUUUUUCUGCUGCUAAGAGUUGUGGGAAGCGGAGGGGGUCACGGUGCAUCCUGGGUCCUGUCCCAAUGCCCUGUGAUGCAUCGUUUUGCAUCCCAGCAAUCCCUGUGCUUCCAUCCACAUUUGGGGCUGUCUUUCAACGGUUUGCAUACUGCGCGCUCUCUGCCUCUUCGGUCUGCAGGAAUGGAUCCCAAACUGUUGACCAGUAUGCUGCUCGCUCUGACUAAUACGUCAUCAUGAGUGGCAGUGGAGUUAUUCCUUAAACUACAAAGGCAAGAGGAGUGUGACAUUGAUCUCGCUGUGACACGAGAUUGCUUGUGGCAUUCAUGAAGGUGCUGACCAUAGAGGAACGCCACUUUUGGUCUCGGGGAAACAAGCACUGAGUGGUGGGAUCACAUCGUGAUGCACGUCUGGGAUGACUUGCAGUGGCUGCAGAACUUUAGCAUGAGGAAAGCCACAUUCAUGGGACUGUAUGUUGAGCUCGCCCCAACCUGCCACACAAGGACAUGAGAAUCAGAUCUGCCAUUGGAGAACACGUAGUGAUUGCACUGUGGAAGCUGGCUACUCCAGACUUCUACCGAUGGGUCGCUAACCAGUUCGGAAUGAGAAAGUCGACUGUUGGACUUGUGUUGAUGAAAGCGUGCAAGGCCAUUAAUCGUAUCCUACUCCGAAAGACUCUGGGUAGCGUGCAUGACAUUGUGGAUGGCUUUGCACGAAUGGGCUUCCCUAACUGUGGAGGGGUGACAGAUGGCACGCAUAUUACAAUUCUGGCAUCAGACCACCUAGCCGCCGAGUGCAUUAAUCGCAAAGGAUAUUUCUCAAUGGUUCUCCAGGCACUUCUAGAUCACCGUGGGUUUUUCACAGACAUUAAUGCAGGCUGGUCUGGAAAGGUGCAUGACAAACGCAUCUUUUGGAACACUGGCCUGUUCAGGAAGCUGCAAGCAGGGACUUUCUUCCUGGACCAGAAGAUCACCAUAGGGGAAGUCGAAAUGCCCAUUGUGAUCCUGGGAGACCCUGCCUACCCCCUAGUGCCAUGGGUUAUAAAACCAUACACGGGGCACCUUGACAGCAGCAAGGAGUGGUUCAACAACAGGCUAAGCAAGUGCAGAAUGACUGUUGAGUGUGCUUUUGGCCAUAAUAUUUGUGGAGGGAAGGGUGAAAGCUUCACUCAGGGCUGGACCGCAGAGGCUCACCCCUUGCAGGCUGAGUUUGAGCAGCCAGAGAUCAGGGCUAUUAGAGGGGUGCAGCGCAGGGCAAUAAGGAUCAGGGAUGCCUUGAGUCAGCAAUUUGAAGCUGAAAGCCACUAAUAUUUGUUGCUGUGCUCGGGAAUGUGGUGCUUUUAAUGCUAGGAGGUGAUUGAGAUUGGUGCAGGCGAUGCAAUAUGAAGGUUUAAGGUAAUUGUUGCUUUGCAGGGCUCUGUUUGAUUUCAGUUAAUAGAAUAAAGAUUGUUUUCAAACCAA